AUGGCGCUCUCUCGGUCUCUUCUCGUUCCCAUCUCGAUUAUGACCCUCCUUGCCACUAUGGACGGGGUCAUUUCCCUCGCCCUCGUCUCAUCCAUGGUUUCAUUCCUCCACGGUGCUGGCGGCGGUCCGUUCAUGGUCGCUUACCCCGACGGCUUGAACUUUUUGCUAGCCGGGGAGCCAGCAAACCUGGUGACUGAUCAAGGGCACACGACCAACGCUGCGGGCGGGACAGCCGUGGUACUGGUGGGGUUUGGCGGUCUUGUCGCCUUGUUGUUGGAGAGGCGGUCCAGGAAGAAGUACGCCAAGUCUUCCCGGUUCUUCUAUCUCUGGGCUCUUAUAGUAGUCCUAAGUGCGCUGCUCACCCUCUCGGCGCUCAUCUACACGUUCAUUGAGACGGGCCGGACGCGAGGAAGCAUCGACCUCGCCAUAGCUGCCCAGAACCCGGCACCCGCAAAGUACCCCAACGGCCGGUGGACACCCGAGAACUGGUAUGAUGCCGUGCUGAGGCUACCCCUGGUCGGACCGGGAGACCGAAACGUAAUCGUUAGGGAUCUGCGCCUUAUGCGAGGCUGGCGCUGGAACCUGAUUCCUUUGUUCAUACUGGGCUUUAUCCUAGCUGCCUUGGUCUUGUUAGAGCUCUGGCGGGCCAGGAAGGACAGGAAGGCGAACAACACUUCCCCGUCGAUGUUGGCCACGGAGGGGAUUGCCGCAGAGGGGAAGUAG